AUGCGAUCAUUGAUCCUAUGCCUAGACGCACUCUUUACCUUUAAAGAUAGUAGAUUCUGCAAUAUGCUUCGAUCCAGACCCAGUGAGGACAGUCUUGCCACACUAUGUACUUCAUCAACGGAAAACGAUGAUGUCACAUCGCUUUUUUCACUGGAAACAUUAACUGCGGCAUCGUAUCCUAUUUUCAACAAACCCAUUCUGUCAUACACAAGAAUACGGGAGCUCCCGCUUGUGGUGGGACAAAUCAAGCUGGAUCUCCAACUUUUUCCGUCUUUGGGAGCUUUGAAGAAUGGCGAAAGUCCUCUCUUCUCGAUCCAACUGAACAAGUUGCAUUUUUUCAAGAAAAACUCUCCCCUCUUGACUAUCUUUAUCCAUCGCGAUGAUUCUAAAUCGGAGUUUUGCAAAGUCUACUUCAAGAUUCUCCGCAACAACCUAACUUGUUAUGUUCUCAUGUUCUCUAAGGGUGAAAAAGUUGUGUUAUUUAACAAUGCGCUAAAACCCCACAGCGACUCCCUCUUCAGAAACACAAAAAUAAGAUUGGUGGGUGCUUCCGGCGCUUCUGCCUUUAGUAAUGGGUCUCUUCGGCUUCUUCUUCUAAAACCAGAAACACCCACUUUGGUGGAUGGCCUAGAUUACGAUUCUUUGGACGCUGCAGAGACAAUCAAGGAUGUGGAUCUUUCAAAAAACUCGCUGACGCCCCUUUUCGAUUCGGUGGUCCGCCAGGAGAGAACAAAAGUACUGAACUAUCUCAACAACGCAAAGCUUGUGGUAGAAGUCCCUUUUGCCUCUUAUACAGACCAUGGCGACACUAAAAUAGAAGGAGUACGAGUGACAGGCUUGGUUCGUCUUUUCGAAUCAACCAUCAUGGGUGAAGAAGAGAAAGACAUUCCUGAGGACUCGUUGAUAGUGGUAUCUAUGUUGAUUACGCUCGUGGAACAAGAGAUUCGCAAAAUGAGAGGGAGCAACAAGCCGCUGUAUGUUGUUUAA